GUGAAUACAUGCCUGUCCACAAGGAGGAAGACUGGAGGGCCAUCGCUGCCGAGUUCCUGGAGAGGUGGAAUUUCCCCAACUGUCUUGGCUCCAUUGACAGGAAACAUGUAGUAAUCCAGGCUCCACCGUGCUCAGGUUCGCAAUUCUACAACUACAAGGGUACAUAUACAGUUGUACUCUUGGCUGUAGUAGAUGCCAUCUACUGUUUCCGUGUUGUCGAUGUUGGUGCUUACGGCAAGGGAAGUGAUGGCAGGACCCUCCGGGACUCUGCCUUCGGCCAGGCACUUCAGGAUGGCACCCUGGAGAUUCCACCACCUGUAUCACUCCCUGGGGCUGAAAACCAGGGACCUGUUCCCCACGUCUUCGUCGGCGACGAGGCCUUCCCUUUAAGACCCAACCUCAUGAGGCCCUACGCUGGACGCCAGCUGCCAUUGCCAAAGCCUGUAAGGAUCUUUAACAAACGACUGUUCAGGGCAAGGUUAGUUGUUGAAUGCGCCUUUGGGAUUCUGGCAGCCCGGUGGAGAAUGUAUCGGAGAGUGCUUGGUCUCAGCACCUCAAAUGUCGAUGCAUGCGUGAAGGCCACACAACUACCUGCGGAGGUCAUUCCAGGAGCCGCUCCGGAUGGAGAUGGGCACGCCAAAUGGUCACCUACCUGA